AUGUCUGCUCAACAGACCCCCUCUCCCACCAAAUCCAAUGUCUCCUCCCUAUCCCUAAGUGAAACACCCUACAAACAGAACAUUGAAGACAUCGAAGACGACAUCAUCGUUGAAACCACUGUCCUCUCCCUCGCCCACGCUAUAGAAAUUGAGAAACACCUCAUCAACCAACCCGCCACCAUAGCUGGCCCCCUCACCACAUACAUUCACAUCGCUUGCACUACGCAGCACCUAGAACUAGAAAAUGCCAAGAUCACCGAUGAUGUCACCAGGUUAUCAUGCAACCACCUCCAGUGGUUAUGGAACACCACAGAAGUUGGCCGCCUGCCAGCUCCUACUCCUAUCACUGCCCCCGCUGUUCUACCUAUUUCAGCUCCAGUUGGAGAAGCACCUUCGCAACCCCUUCCUAUCCCGCCUCCCACCGAAGUCUACCAGAGAAAGACUUGGAGGGGAGCCACAAUUCAUGGCAUAAUGAAGACCAAGUCUUCUAAAGGAAAGAAGCACCAGAUCGUAGAUCUCACCAUCAAUGAGCCUGCUCUAUCAUUCCUUGCACACACCGCCCCCACCAUCACCGUCAAAAUGCCCUCACAGUCUCGCACCAUUGGCACCACAACUGACAGCAACUUUGUUUGCCAACUCUGCAAAGAGCUUAGUCAUAAACACAAGAACUGCCCCAUGUACUACUGCCGUGUUUGUAAUACCCAGAAGCCUGGGCACUUUUCUAUCUAUUGCCCCUAUGCCCCGAAAGCAGAUUUCCUGUUGGUGUAUACCGAUGAAGGCUUCUACAAAGCAUUGGCCAAAUGGGAGGCCCAGAAGGAUCAUGAGUUAGAGGUAGAAAUUGAGCACACCAAUAGGGAGUACUUGGUGCAGCCCGAGGACAACCUGACUUUUCACAAUGCCGAUGCUGACCCCAUCUACUAUGCCAACCAGGAUGAAUGA